ACACUGCAUUGUUUUUGUUGAAGAGAGGUCAGCUUUAAUUCUAGAUAGAUUUCAAACAUUGAGUGAUUUUAUUAAAUAAAUACUUACUAAAGAAGAAUAGAAUUAUUGCUUUCCUUGGGGUUCGUUUUUGGGAAGUUAGAUCAAUUAACUUUUAACAAAAAAUGUCCAACGAACGACUCUCAUAUUCUUUAGCGUGGAGGGAACAUUUAAAAACAUUUUGUGCUGGAUUAAGUAAUCUGCAGCAGAAUGAAGAAUUUGUUGAUAUGACAUUGGCGGCAGACGGUCAUUUUGUAAAGGUUCACAAAAUUAUUUUAGCACUAGCCAGCCCAUACAUCAAGGAUGUUAUUUCCUCUAUGGAAUGUCAUAAACCGGUUUUAUUUUUACAUGGUGUGUCAUUCACUACACUUUGUUCAAUAUUGGAAUAUAUCUACACAGGAGAGGUAUUAGUGAAAACAAAUAAUAUCAAUGACUUUCUUGAUGCUGCAAAGAGUUUGAAAAUAAGGGGACUGAGUGAAGUGCAUUUGGAUGAAUCAAUGAAUAUAAAAUCAAAUCAUUACCAGAGCUAUAACAAUGAUACUGUAACAGAUACUGAAUUAACUGAAGACACACAGAGAGAUGACAUCAAAGUUCGUGAAGAUUAUGUUUUUGAUGAUGAUCAUAACUCAAAGGAGACGAAAUCCAUAAGUCAACAUUCUGAACAGUGUGUAGAUGUAGUCGUGCAAGUUGAACCAUUCUGUCGACUUGACAGUCGAUUACUACAAGAUGACGAUACGAUAAAAACAGAUGUAGGGAAUAUUAUGCAGUACACAAUGUCGAACCAAGGUUCACUGCAGUUGAUACUCAACAAUUAUGUGUACUAUUUGAAGUACACGAACAAGGACAGCUCGCAACAGUGGCGGUGUGUGGACUACCUCAACAAGUGGAAAUGUCGGGCCGCUCUGUUCACUAAGGAUGAUAUCGUCAUACAGAGGCUGUCGUCACACUGCCACCCAAACCAUAAGAACAAAAUUACGAAAAAAAUCAACUCCGGAGCUGUGUACACCAAGUUACAAGAUGUUGCGAACCAAUGUAAAAAGGAUCACAGUAUAGAUGCUGAAUAAAUAAGUUAUUAGAUAGGAUUAAAGUGGGGGUGCUCAAGUUAAGAACUGCUGGCGAUCUACCUCAAAAUUGCUAGACUACGAUCGAACGACUCUGAGAGGCUUCAAGUAUGUGUGAUGAAGGAUUGUCGUCUAUGUAGUGUCACCAGUGACGGAUUAACCCUUAAUCAAAUUAAGCAAUUGCCUAGGGAAUCACGUCUGAGGGGGCACCAAAAGAAGCACAAAAAAAUCCGUCCUUUGGGCACCACGUCACCAAAAAAAGUUUCUAGGAUUAAUUUCAAAAUUCGCGCUUUUAAUGUUGACAUAACCCGUCUCCCGCUUGCCCACUUGUGCAUUCGACAAUUCGAAUGCCCGAAUGAAGCGGUAAAGUUUUAAAGACGGUUUCUAGUUGACAUACGGAUUGGGGGGCCCACAGGCAUGGAUUACUUAGGGCAUCAAGUAGUCUUAAUCCGUCACUGAGUGUCACGAUGACAUAGAUAUUAGUUUUGCGCACAAUAAUAUGCAUUUUUUUGUCAAGGCAAGUGUUGGUCUGCUCUAAAAUGUAAAUGAAAAAACUCAUAAUUAUUAAAUUUUGCGAGUUUAUUGUUUCUUACAAAACAAACGCGUUCUAGUGUUUAAUAGUUAUUUAUGCAACUGUUGUGUAAUAAGGGAUAUUAAAACACGAAUGUGGGUUGGCUCGGCUUCGCCUCGUGUGAUAAUAGUAUCACAUGAGUGUUUUAAUACCUAAUUAUCAACAGUUGCAUACAAGACUUUAUCUACACCCAGCAUAUGAUGAAUCCUCUAAAAGACUUCAGAAAGAUUCUGAAACAGUUAGCUUACUACUAACAUUGAAACAGCUAGUCCUAGUAGUCACCUAAUAUCAUCCAUUACUGAUUAUAUAGAAAUAAAGCAAGUAUUAAUGAAAUAAUUAUUUAUUUUAUUAGUAAUUUACAUUUUGUAUAGUGCAAUUAUUAAAAUUCACUUGAAUAUUGUGUUAUUUUGCAGCGUUUAAAAUAUCCGGCGUUGUGCUGUCAAAACUUGAAUCGCUCAUUUUUUCAAGGAACAUUUUCCUUGAAAGGGGUUUCGAAUAACCUAUUUUUUUUUACGGCGCGCCAUGUUCUGGUAGUGUGGAACGCGAGUAAACGAAAAUGUUCUUUUUUUGAAAUUUAUACAGAUACCACGCAUCCAGCAAUAGGAAUGUGGCUGUUUGUUGAAACUCUUUGCGCAUGAAGGGAUUAAAAAAAAACCAAGGAGUGUUGUUAUGAAAUUCAGUACAACAUUACAACACUCGUUUGGAUGAUGUAAUGGUUAUUACGACAUUGGGUGUUUUAAUGUUGGUAAUAAGCUGUUUCAGAAACUUUAAUAGAGGAUUUAAAGCAUGGGUGUAGAUAAAGUUCUAAACUUAACUAAAGAGUGACUUUGGAUGUUGAAUCUGCAUGAGCCAAUGUCCUGAGCAUACUUUUUCAUAAGAUGGUACGUAAUUACCGAUUUUAGUUACCUAAAACAAUCUGUGAAUUAGAUCUGAUUUUUUUUUCUCAAGACCGACUGUUUGAGCACCCCUGGAUUAAAGUAUUAUUAAUUAUAUUGACAAAAUUUUUAUGUUUUAAUCAUCUGCUAAAAUUUGCAGAGAUUGCAAAUGGAAGCAGAGAUUCAAAAAUGGAAUCUGAGAACCAUAUGAAAUUGGUAUGAUAUAUUUUUUAUAAACCUGAUAUUUCUUAUUGUAAUAGACAAUAGUCUAGAUGACAGUAAAUGAAUCAUUAGUG